AUGGAUCUUCUAUCUUCUAUACGCAAAUCUGGCUCACGAGGAGGUGUAAACUUUAGCUGGGAUGAGGUUCAAAGCUCUCAACACCGCGAGAAUUAUCUUGGCCACUCUCUUAUGGCCCCAGUUGGUCGAUGGCAGAAGGGCAAAGAUCUGAACUGGUAUGCGAAGGGAGACUCCGAUACGACUGGUAGCGAGACGGUAGAAGAGAAACAGGCACGAGAAAGGAAGGAAGAGAUUCGGAAGAUUAAAGAGGCCGAGGAGGAUGCUAUCGCAAGGGCUUUAGGACUACCGGUCACACAACGAGGUGAAGGCACAGGGUCAAAUAAUGUGGAAGUUGGAGAAUUGAAGAGAGUUAUUAAGGAAUCUGAGGAGGGAAACGAUGAUAUUGAAGGCAUGGGAAAGGGCACCGGAUUUGGCGAUUUUGUGGGCAACACCGAUGGACAGGACCUGUUGCAGAUAAAAUCUGAGGAGCAAAGGGGUGGACUAUUAAUGAAUGACCACAAUAGUGAAGGGCUCAACCAAGCUGGAGGGAGCGGAAUAGAGAACAAAGACACAGGAAACAUCGACAUCGAUCAAGAAGUGGAGAGCGGGAAGAACAUAGGCGCCGGCGUGAUGAUAGCCCUCGAAGAAGAGAAAGAAGUCGUAGCCCGGAGAUCCGACACCGCAGAUAUAGAAGCAGAAGCCCUGAUCGAAGAUAUCGGCCAAGGAAGGACGACGAGGUUUCUAGAAACAACAAACAAUGUGAUCGUAGGCCUCGCAGAAGUCACUCACCAGAAAGACGUGGUCGAGAAGAGAGAUUACCAGAGAAACGGCGUUAAUUUGUUACAUUACACAUACUGGGGGGUUAUUGGAAUGGCGUUGCAAAGGUUCAUUACAAUACAGAGUAUGGCCAUGGAUUUCACAAAGCUCCGGGCAGCUGCGCUGAACGAUGGUGACGAUGAAGAGGCCGUUACAGUCAAUACGAGAGCUCUGAUAGACAAAGUCCUUGCGAGAUAUUCUGGAGAAUGGACAACUUUACGAGAAUUAAUACAAAAUGCUGCCGAUGCGCAGGCCACGACCGUCACAAUUAGAUUUGAAACCUCGCCGUCAAUACAGGUCCCUACCCCUAACACAACGAAUCAAUCAGAAACAUUGAAACACAUUCUUCUAAAUCAUACACUGAAAAGGUUAUUGGUCACCAAUAAUGGGCAAGCAUUUGGAGUCAACGACUGGUCGAGGCUGAAGAGGAUAGCUGAGGGGAACCCUGAUGAAACGAAGAUUGGAGCCUUCGGUGUAGGUUUCUACAGUGUCUUUGCGGAUUGCGAAGACCCGUUCGUCAGCUCUGGCGAUCAGGCUAUGGCAUUUUACUGGAAGGGGAACUCCCUAUUUACCAAGAAGAUACAUUUACCUCCCGAUGAAGCGAAUCCCAAUACCAGCUUCGUCCUUGACUACCGGAAUAAUACGACCCCAAUGCCGAAUUUGCUCUCUGUGGCCCAGUUUCUGGCGACAAGUUUGACAUUCGUGGCUCUACAGAGUAUCGAGUUACUUGUUGAUGAUUUCAAGAUCAUGACGCUGAGGAAAAAGUCGGCACCGAGUUAUGAUGUUCCUAUCGCGAGGGAUGCUGAGACAAAGUCGAAAGAAGGUCUCAUGAAAGUACAACGUCUUGAGAGAGAAAGCGUGCAGAUGGACGCAACUUUCAUGAAUGUUGUGGGUUGGAAACCUGCCAAGCCAUCCACAUCAAAACCUUCUUAUGAUAAUAGCUACGGGAGCAGUUCUGCCGAUGUACCCUCCCUCCGCUCCUUUUUCUCCAGACUUACUUCAAAUAAUGUCCAGGCUCAACAGAAAGCGAAAGCUUUACAAGAAGAAAAAGCGAUGCAGGAAGUGCUGCUGGAAGACUUGACAGCUUUAACAACCACUAACGUAUUUCUACGUGUCACCACGGCGACAAUCAAGACAUACAUUCAGCCAAGCUUUGCAGCGGAGUUGGAACGAGCCACCAAGAAACCACCUCCUAAGACGACCAAAUUGGCCAUUCUCACAGCUUCUUAUGAUGAAACUGAAGCAUCUGCACAUGACAAUCUAGUCUCCAAAAAUGUUGACGUUUUUGCAUCUGUCCUUCCGGGGAAGAAACCUGGCGGACGGAUAUUCAUCGGUUUUCCGACCCACCAAACCACUGGUGCUGGUAUCCAUCUAUCGGCGCCAUCCGUUAUUCCAACAGUAGAGCGAGAAUCCAUUGAUCUGAAUGCACGAUAUGUGCGAACAUGGAAUAUUGAGAUGCUUCGAGUUGCCGGAAUCAUGGCAAGAUUAGCAUUUGCUAAUGAAAUGUCAGAUCUCGCAGACAAGGUUAAACGUGCUACUCAAUCCAACGGAAAUGAAAAUAAAGUCACGAAACGCGAGAUAGAACAGUUCAUGCCCGAAGCAGAACAUAUUCUGAAAACUUUCACAUUUGGAGAUUCUACUCCCAGUUCUCAAGUAUCGCAGAUCAUUGAAGAAGCAUUUUGGACAGCAUAUAAAAAGGCAUCGAUCGAAGUUUAUAGCACUAGGAAUGUUCUGCCCACCACAAAGGUUCGGUUGGCAACAGAAGAUUUGAGUGGAUUUGUUGAGGGAAUUCCUGUGAUUCCAGAUGCGCUUGUUAAGUCCGAAUUCGUGCAAAAGCUGAAGGACUUUGAGCUCAUCACUGAAAUUACGAUUAGCGAUGUCAAGCAGGAGCUUGAAGCGAAGGCACUUACCAAGGAGCAACUGAUCCAAUUCAUUAAGUGGGCGGGCCAUAAAGCUGUCCUUGGAGAAAUUGAUAGCGUGACUGUUCACUCCUUAUUUGACGUUGCCGUCGCCACUCUAGGAGAUGAUAAUACCCAGGGUGGAAUCAUCGCACUAGGCAGCGUCACAAAUUAUCUAAAUGUUAACAGGAUACCACCCGAGGCUAUACUUCCUCCAACGACAAUUCCUUUCGAAUUCACUCGAGAAUGUCAACCAAACGAACUCCAGGCCCUCGGAUGGGAGCCCCUUGAGAUCGUGCCAUGGUUACGUUAUUUGAUAGAGACAAGAAAUCGGAACGGACCUGCGCAAAACAUGACUACGACACCACAAUUUGCGGCCAAGGUACUUCAAAUUAUUUCAAAGUCAUGGGAAGGCAUGAGUGCCAACGCCAAAGCUUGUGUCAUAUCACUGCUGUCGACGUUGACGGUGAUCCCAACGAAGUGCGGCAUGAGGAAACCAGGCGAAGCUUUCUUCGAAAGUGUAAAGCUUUUCGAGGACCUACCCACUCUUACAAAUUGUCCAGGUGUCAAGGAGAAAUUUCUUGCUGCCAUCGGAGUACGAAAAACGGUAGAUCUUGAGACAAUUUUCGUUCGACUUCUCGCACCUAGCACGCAAGCUAAAGAAGGCGAAAUUUCCAAGACUAGUCGCCACAUGGAUCUGAUCAAGUACUUAGCGUCUGUAAAAGAUGAUAUUCCGGUAGAGGAUUUCAAAAGAUUGAAAGAAUCACAAAUCUGCCCUGCGGAAGCUGGCCCACCCGGCCUUGAAUCAUCACAAGGUACCGCUCGGAUGUACAAAGUUCGCGACCUCUUCGAGCCUAAAGAUGCCCUCAGAAGCUUAGGACUACCAAUAAUUCAGUGGCCAGGACCCUCUUUUAGCUACAGAUCCACCAGCAAUGAAGGCCGUUUCUUGACUACGCUUGGACUGAGAUCCUUCCCUGCCACCCCUGAGCUCAUUCAUCUGAUGUCAUCAAGUGAUUUCAUCCUCCGAGACAAGGCCAUGGCCUACUUCAUUGCAAAUCAUCACAUAAAUGGCUAUGCGAGUUUUGAAGUUAGCUCCAGUGAUAAAGCGAUUCUCCCCAUUGAAGGUGACGAGAAGCGAAGAGUCAAACCUGUAGAGUGCUUCACGAAUGAGAAGAGCUCUGUUCUUGGUUUCAACAUUUUGCGACAGGACCUUCGAAUUCAUGCCAAUAAAUUUGGUGUCGCCGUCGAUCCUUUAAUUUCAGAAUGCGUCGAUCGACUAAUCAAGAAUCCCCCAAAGACUCGUCCUGACGCUAUUACACUUUUUGGAUAUUUUUCGAGCAGACUCGGCGAACUGGGCUACAACAGUUGCAUUGCAUUUGGAAAUUCCGCCAUCGUCCCUGUACCCGAUCAUCGAGAAACAACGAAAGGGCUCUUUAACGAGAAGGCGCAGUAUGCUAGCACGAUCAAGUAUCUUACACCUCAACAAUGUUACUUGGGAAGUUCUUCAGAAUACAGCGAGAUUUUUGACUUCGUCGAUUUUGGGACUGAAGCCAACACAUUCCUACUGAAGUGCGGGUCUAAGAGUGAGCCUACUAAGUUGGAGCUCGCUGCUCUGGUUUGUCAAGAACCUGCUCGUCUUCUUGGAAUCAUGCAGAGUCCUGAGAAAUAUUUGAACCUCUUACGAUCUCUUGCAAAUGAUUUACCCAUGUUGAAACGAAAUAAAGUUCUUUUUAAACAAAUGAGGCUCUCUAAAUUCCUUCUUGGAUCCAAGGAAAUCUCAGCUGCAAAGGAGAAGCCCAAGUCGACCAGCCUCAUAGACGAGCAAGAAUCUGAGGCAGAGGAAUUAGAAAAUGCACCACUCAAGCAGUGGCAGUUGGAGCAACCUAAUAAGAUUGUUGUUGUUGACGAUUACAAUAGCUACCGUCUUUUCAAAGAAAGUCUGGUAUGUGCCCCUCUCGAGGAUCGAUUAGAAGAGUUCUAUCUCGCACUCGGAUCUGCCAACCUCAGCGACAUUGUGCAAGAAGAUCUCCGUGUUGGUCAGCCGGUUACUUACCAAGGAGAUUCUGCCAAACUUCGGAAGCAUAUUCUCGAAAGAUCGAAACUCUUCUUGCAUGAAUCACCACGAGAGAAUGUAAAGCGGGACAGUCGAUGGCUGGAGAAGAAUUUGACGGUACAGACUGUCAGUGACAUACAAGUCAGACGAUCUUUGAGGGGCCACAACUUGUCGAAUACGGAGAAGAGAACUGCUGCUUGUAUACAAGAGCCACACCAAGGAUUGCAACUCUUGGUGACCAAUACAUAUGACACAUAUCAAAUCAGUCUGGCUAUGUGUAAGCACUUACUAGCUCGCCCACAGCAACAGUCUUAUCUUACAUUCGAAUCCUUUCUCACUCUAUCCUUGAUGCAACUUCGUUCUCGUGGCUACAAUGUGGAGAGAAUUCUGAGAGCCAAAGCAGCCGAAGCACGAAUCGCAGAAGAGGAACGCAAGCGACAACUCGAGGCUGAGCAAGAACAAAUCAAAGAGCAGGAGAAGCAAUGGCGACAAAACCAAAAACAAGAGGCUGCUACAGUUUCGGUGGCUGCACGAGAGGGGACGCGUCGCGAUUCUUACGGUGCCAUGCCUGGCGCAUUUGGUUCCGAUUCUCCACCACAGCCUCCAGUCAAGAGAGAAAAGAAUCGUGGACUAUUCUCCAACUUGACCCGUCGUUUGGGUCUUGACAGCAGCAGUGAUGACUCACCGAGAUCCCCAACAACACCGACACCACUACUCGAAGAUAGCACUAAAAAUACGCCACCACCUUAUACCGAGACUGCGGGACAAAAACCUCAAACGGAAAGUGUCACCUCCAACGGCGCCAUCAAACAAAACCUUCUCAACGCCAUCAAAUCAUCUCGAGCUCACGACUCCUCAGAUCUCUUCUCCGCGCCCUCUACCAGUCAGGUUAAGGAACAAGCCGAAUAUUGCGAUUCUACUUCCGGUCAAAAUCUCACCUACUUCGCUGAUGCAUCUAACGGCACCCGUAUCUUCAUAUCCAACGAUAGAAAAAGUCCCAAUGGCCCUAAUCUCGCGGAUUUCCUCGCAGCCAACGUCUCUUCUCUUAAUCUUUUCGCCGCCUUACUUCAUGAAGCCGCCGAUAUAUAUAAUUUGCCUAGGAAAGCUAUACACAUAUUCUACGACGAUCAUGGGAAUACUAUUGCGUUUAAUAGUAAGGGUAGCAUCUUUUGCAAUUUCAGAUUCUUUCAACAGCUGCAUCUCAAGAAGCUGGAAUCGAAGGGCGGUGAAGAAAUGGCAGAGGCGGGUGCUUAUUGGUGGGUGGUGCUUGCACAUGAAUUGGCGCAUAAUUUGGUAGGGCCGCAUAAUUCGGACCAUAGUUUUUACACUGAACAAUUAAUCGCCAACUAUUUCCCAAAGAUGAUGGCGAGAGCAAAUAAAUAUACAGCAUCGGUGUCGUCAAUGCCAAUACCAAUACCAGGAGAUGGGAGAGAUAAGCGAAAUUCUAGUUCGGGUUAG